AGUGGUUGCCCCAGCACCCAUGGCUAACUUUACAUACACCAGUCAGCUGCAGUUCAAUCGUCUGGCUUUUCUAUCGGAUGAAAGGAUGUACACAUGUGUUGCUAGUAAUGCAGCUGGAAGAGCAGAACAGUCCGCUAUGCUGACAGUGAACGAGGCUCCGUCGAUUGUCCAGCUGAAUGACGUCACUCUUGUCACUGGCCGAAUGGCUCAGCUUCUAUGUCGAGUGCGCGCCAAGCCACCAGCCAUGAUCACCUGGACAGCGCCAUCGGGAAUUGCCACAGCAUUCACCACGACAACCGAGCAAGAUGCCUCGAACAGUCUGAUGCAGGUAGGUACCCUGUCGUUCACGGGCACGAAUGUACCAGCCGAUGCUGGCCCGUAUACCUGCAGUGCCAUGAACUCUGUCAAUAGUGUCACGAGGACAGCUUCGCUCAUUGUCCUAGGUCUGACAAUCGCUCCUGUGUCGUUGAUCAUUACUGAGGGCAGCAAUGCCACCAGUGUAUGCAAUGUAACUACUGGCCAGAUCACAUCCAAUGUCACCUGGACCUUUAACCUGAAUCCUCUUCCCGAUUCGCAAGUUUUCCAGUCUGGAAAGUAUGGCGAGAUUAUCACUUAUGUCAAUGUGGCCAGACCAACAAUGAUUCCUGGAGCCCCUAUCCUCCAUCAAUGCAGUGUUAUGGAUGACAAUGGAGGUGUUCUAGCCACAAGCAAUACUCAAUCUAUCAGUGUUGAUGUAAACAAUUGUCUCAAUGGCAAUUACUGUGAGGUGGUUCGCGGCAUACCCAACAGUGCUUGCAGGAAUGUAUUGGGAUCGCCCAUUGAGAGUUGCCUCUGCCUCGUCGGCUUUGAUCCCGUGGGUGCGUGUGGCAAUCUUGAUGAAUGUAGUCUGGGAACUCACAAUUGUUCCGCGCUCGGAGGCAACUGUACAGAUACGUUUGGAUCAUAUCAAUGUGCCUGCCUGGCGGGAUUCUCUGGUGAUGGAUUCAACUGUGUGGACAUAGACGAAUGUGCUCUACCGUCACCGUGUCACAUCAAUGCCACGUGUAAUAACACUGUAGGCAGUUUCACGUGUACUUGUAACCCAGGUUACACCGGUACAGGAUUCCUCUGUGGAGACUUAAAUGAGUGUUUGGUCGGUGAGGGUCCGUGUGAUACCAAUGCCAUGUGUGCAAACACCGUCGGUAGUUUCACGUGUACGUGCAACUCCGGUUUCACCGGUACAGGGUUGGUUUGCAAUGAUGUGAACGAGUGUUUGGUUGUACCAGGUCCUUGCAAUGCCAAUGCCACAUGCAACAACACCAUAGGCAGUUUCACGUGUACGUGCAACCCAGGUUUCAAUGGCACCGGCUUCGUUUGUGAAGACUUGAACGAGUGCUUGGUCGGAGCGGGUCCGUGUGAUGCCAAUGCCAGAUGUAACAACACUAUCGGUAGUUUUACGUGUACCUGUAUUGCAGGCUACACUGGAAAUGGAUUUGUUUGUAAUGAUGUGAACGAGUGCUUGAUUGGACCGGGUCCGUGCAACGCCAACGCCACCUGUAACAACACCAUAGGAAGCUUCACGUGCACGUGCAACGCAAGUUUCAACGGCAACGGGAUCAUUUGUGAAGAUGUGAACGAGUGUAUGCUCGAACCGGGUCCGUGUGCACCGAACGCCACGUGCACCAACGUCGUGGGUAGUUUCUCAUGCAUGUGCAACCCUGGAUUUACCGGCGAUGGGCUCACCUGCGUGAACAUCGUGGAGUGUGACAAUAUGCCGUGCGACGUCAAUGCCCGUUGUACGGACACCGUCGGCAGUUUUGCAUGCCGGUGUAAUCCUGGUUUUAGUGGCGCUGGUGUUGGCAGUAACUCCUGUGUGGAUAUCGAUGAAUGCAGUGACGGAACGCACAAUUGCUCAGCAGUCAGUGGCACCUGCACCAAUGUCAUGGGCAGCUUUUCAUGUGCGUGUGCAAUGGGUUUCAGCGGCAAUGGACUUCAGUGUGCGGAUGUUGAUGAGUGUUCAAGCGGCAUUCAUGGCUGCAGUGAGUUUGCUAGCUGCACAAACACAGUUGGUAGUUUCAUAUGUGCAUGCCUAUCAGGCUACACAGGCACUGGACAGAUGUGCGCAGAUACUGAUGAAUGCUUGCAGUCACCACCAGCCUGCCCCAGUACCAACCAGCUGUGCCAAAAUAUGGCGGGCACCUUCAGGUGUGACUGUGAGUCUGGUUUCUAUGCCAACGACUCAUCGAAUUGUAUUACAGUGUCCAACCUUUUGGAAGGCUUUGUUCCACCGGUAGCACCUACGCCCAAUACCCUGACCUGGACUAUCACCAGAUUCCCAGAUACCUCACUCAUAAACUACCGUAUUGUAGUUGUGGAUCUCGGCACCGAUCCAUCCACUGUGGACUUUUCCGAGUCGCCUGGCUUCACGUACGCCAACGGAGCCAACGUCUUGACAUAUGAACAGGUACGCGAUCAAGGCACGUUCAGCACGCCCCGCGCUGCUUACUAUGCGGCCGUCUUCACGUUCGGCAGCGGUCAGACAAUGCAGUUCACGUCAGGCGCGGACAUGAUGACAACAGUGUCGGGCGUGCGGAAUGGCCCACUGGUUUCCGAUCGUUCGUACACCAUCUUCUACGAAGCAUCUGCGGCGGCGUUUACGUCACGGCGCAAACGACAGACUAUAAUCUCAGGCAUAACAGCUUCAGCCUAUCAACCAGUGCAAAGAACAGAUGCAGCUCUGGAAAUACUGGAGCUCAACAACGUGUCGAUAUACACAGAUCAGCGAGGACGGCUGGAGUGCCGGGUUCGAGGGAAACCGUUGCCAACCAUACUCUGGAGUACCCCGGCCUCUGCCAACUCGAACAGGUUUCAGAUUCUCACGUUGACCGUGCCUGAAGACCCCUUGGUGUUGAUAAGUGUCAUCACGUUCACUGUUAUUAAUGUCCUGGAAGAUGCUGGUGCGUACACUUGCACGGCCAAUAACGCAGUUAGCGUUUCCAUGGCUACGGCAUAUCUCACAGUGCUGGAGCAAGAAGCAUCGUCAUCGCGUACAACGACCGCCAUUAUAGCGGCGGCCAUUGGCUUUGUUGUCGGCUUGCUUCUCCUUGGUGGGUUGGUAGUGAUUUAUAUGGUGCACCGCCGACGUACGGCUAGGACCGUCACGGUGAUGGAGAACAACGGCAUCAUACCACAGACCUUGCUUGAAAACCGAAUGACCAAGAAUGAAGCGUACGUGUUGACUCCGACUAGGGCCGACACAAACCAAGGCCCGCUCUAUGAGAGCAUGCGCCUAUCCUAAUCUGUAUUGCAUGCUUUUAAAGUCCCUUAUCCUUUAUGUUUUGGAGCGUGUACCACAACCUUUUCGUUCAGUAUCUCCCAGGUUUAAACUCUUACAGGGAUUUGCUUGGGCAAUUAUGUCAAAAGUCUGAUAGCCAGUAUACAUCAAUGUACCAAUAUGCUAAAUCCUAUUCAUCUCUUCGCUGCCUUACGUAACAAGUCAUAGUUACAUGUACAUGCUAGCAUCUCUCCAGCAAUAGGCUAUAGUAUUAUAGGCUGCCACUAGAAUUUGUCUAAC